GUACCCCCGUCGUAGGUACGAGGAAACGAAAAUAAUUAAAGUGAAUUGCGAUACCAAGGAUUGUUUGUAGUGAGUUGUUGUGUAAGUUCACUGUGGCCUAAUUGAAUAAAAUACCGCAGUCGAAGUUGUAAAAUACAUUGCUGGAGCACUUUCUAGUGAUAUUUUGAGAUGAAGAUGACUUGUGCCUAUUUUUCAAUUACGUUGAUAUUGAGCAUAAGUUGGUUCUACUGUUGUGGAGCAAAAAUUACAUAUCGCGAAAUCUCCGAGGAAUAUGGGAAAGCAAAGGAAAGUCAAAUUAAAACAUACUUCAAGGAUGUAAGUGAUAGAAGGCCUUUUAACAAGCGCAAUAUCAUGAAGGAGAAUACAAGGCAGCGACGUUCAACCUUAAACACAACGACGACGAAAGCACCCGUUAGCCCUACAGCAUAUACGGUACCACCAAACAAAACCAUUAUAUCAGAUCACAAAUAUUAUACAUCGCAGUUUGUGUCUGACUCAAAUGCAUACUUUAAAGACAUAAAAGCUUUAUACGACGCAGGCGAUCGCAAUGUUACAAUGAAGAAAAUGACGCUGCCAGGAAGUGUCGGAUCAUUGCUGAUGCUGUACACCACUUAUAAGUUAAAGUUUGUGUUUCCUUUCUAUGGCCACGAUGUAGAAAAUGUCGUUGUUACAUCAGCAGGGUUUCUCCACAUUGGUCCUGUCGUACAUAGCUUUGCCCAUAAUGUCCACUAUGCUGCACCACUUAUGGCUGAUUUUGCUGCGUCAUCAGACAAGCCUGUAUAUGUUUACCUACAUGAUGACGGUGCAAGAUUCAUAGCGCAGUGGGAUAACAUACACGAAGUCAGAAAAAAUAACAGCAGCCCUUUUACCUUUCAGGUUUCACUUUUUGAAAAUGGCACCAUCAUCUUUUCUUACAAAUCUAUUCCAUACAGCGUUGUGAACUUCACAAGUGUUGGUUUUCCUCCAAAAGUCGGUCUGUCAGAUGGGUUUGUAAAAAUAAGAUAUUACCGUAUUCCUGGUACAAAUCUACAUAUUCCAUUCCGAAUCAUAUAUCGGUAUCACAAAGUUGAAUUACAACAAGAUCGCAUUAAAGCUAACAGCUCCUACAUCUUGCAGCCAAUCCCUAAUUGCAUUCAGGCGAAGUCAUGUCAGUCUUGUUUCAGUAAAGAGAUUGCCAAAAACUUUCAAUGCAAGUGGUGCAGUAAGCUUAAUUUAUGCUCAGAUACUUUUGAUUGGCAUCGCCAAAAGUGGGAGAACAAUGAUUGUCCAAAGAAUGCUAUAGACUCUACUGCCAAAUGUGUCUCACCAAAUACGGGUGUACCAGCAACCACUGCUACAAAUUCUUCCACAGGUGAUGUUUCUCAUGCAAUAUCAGAAGAGAAAAGUAAUAAAGAUGCCAAGAGAAAAACUGGUAUUGCUAUUGGUGUUAUCUUUGGCAUCUUAGUAAUUGCUGUGGCAGGAAUAUUGUUAUAUGGUUACAGGAAUCCAACUUCAAGAAUUGGGUUAUUUAUGAUACAGAAUAGGCCCACAAAGCUUUUUAGCAAAUUUUAAGAACAAGGCACUCUGCAGGAACUGGAGUUUUAUGUUUCACACAACAGAAGCUUUUUAUAAGAAGUUAGUGCCAUAACUAGGCUCUGAUCUUUUUAAUAGGUGCGCCUGGCUCAUGCUAUGUGUUUUGCUUUGCACUAUUUUGUGUGAUUAAAUUAUUAAAAGUGAUUAAUAAAUGAUUUAAAAUUACCUUCUCUCAGGCUAAUGCAACUCCAAAAUGAACACAAAGAACAUAGAACACCUAUGUUAACAACAAAGGAUACUUUUUGAACUUUUUAUGGUGCAGAAGUUCUUGGCUAGAUUUCAAAUGAGAUUUUCUACAAGAAUUUAGGAUACAAUGUCCUUUUCUUUAGAAGAACUUAAAAAGAGAGAAUGAAUACUGAAGCCCAUUUGCACUAUAUUUGCAUCACCAUUUCACACAAGAAUGUACUAUUCUAAUUUCGAAUGUUUGCAUUAUGAAUUCACAUAUUCACACAGUCAAUUUUUUGCAAAAAUUUGCAUUUAAAAAUAUUGGUUAAAAGGGCAAUCAAUCAGAAACCCAAGGUGCCAAUCAAAACAAUGAAACAACAAAGAAACAAAAGCACAGCAAAAUUGCCAUGGUCCAUGAAAUUGAGCUGCAGGAAACAGCAUGAAUAUGAAUGUAAAGAAAAUGUUGCUUGAAAGAGAAGGCCUCUCCUUCAAAAUUAAAAUGGUGUGAUCUGAAAGACACCUACAGGAAGAAGUUUAAAUCGCUUU